AUGCAUCCCAACCUUUUCAAGCCUCUCAAGGUGGGGCGGUACACCCUUCCAAAUCGUAUCAUCAUGGCUCCACUGACACGUUGCCGUGCAACAGAAGACACUCACGUGCCGAGAACAGAUCUUAUGGUUAAGUAUUACCAAGACCGGGCAUCAGCAGGACUCAUAAUCGCUGAGGCGACAAUGGUUCAACCACACUAUACCGGAUUCUUUUCAGAACCUGGUAUAUACUCGGAGGAACAAAUUGCUGCCUGGAAAAAGGUUGUUGAUGCAGUCCACGAGAAAGGUGGACGCAUUUUUCUCCAAAUAUAUCAUGCUGGUCGUGCUGGUCUUCCAUUUAAGAUACUUAACCAGGCAAAAAGCGCAAAUGAACCGCUUGCAGGUCGACUCCUUGCUGCAAGUGCGGUGCCUAUCACAGAGCACAGCAUACCUCCUUUUUUCACAAAAAGUGGUGAAAAAGAACCCUACGGUACCCCUGAAGAACUAACCGAUGAUGAGAUCAAACAAUGGAUCAUUCCAUACUUUGUACAAGCUGCCAAAAAUGCUGUGCUUAAAGCGGGCUUUGACGGGGUGGAAGUGCAUGGUGCGAAUGGCUACUUGCUUGAUGGAUUUUUCAGGGAUUCCACAAACAAAAGGCAAUCUGGUCCUUACGCAGGAAACAAUAUUGACACACGAUGUCAGCUAAUUUAUGACGUAACAAAAAGUGUGUGUGAUGCGGUGGGCAACGACCGUGUGGGGCUACGUAUCUCACCAUUAAACAGUGCUGGCGGUGCCUACGACUCUGAACCAGAAGCUUUAACCAAGCAUCUAUGCAAAAAAAUAAAUUCACUUUCCCUUGCUUACCUUCAUUUUCUCCGUGGGGAUAGGUUCAACCAAAGAGAAGGAGACGUUGUCUCCUGGGUUCAUGAAAGCUAUGAGGGAGUGAAGAUUUCAAACCUUGCAUAUGAGAUUGAUGAAGCUGAAAAAGAAAUACAGGAGGGAAAAAUCGAUGCUGUUGCCUUUGGUACGAAAUUCAUAGCAAACCCCGAUCUCGUGAAGCGAAUACAAAAUAAUCUGCCCAUGAAUACACCAAAAAUGGAGUACUUUUACAAAGGGGAUGGGGCAGGUUACAAUGAUUAUCCGCUGAGUGCAUAG